GUGUACAACAGCAGCUCCAUCAGCCAGUUCCUCCUCCUGGCAUUUGCAGACAGGCGGGAGCUGUAGCUCUUGCACUUCUGACUCUUCCUGGGCAUCUACCUGGCUGCACUCCUGGGAAACGGCCUCAUCAUCACCACCAUCGCCUGUGACGACCACCUCCACACCCCCAUGUACUUCUUCCUCCUCAACCUCUCCCUCCUUGACCUGGGAUCCAUCUCCACCACUCUGCCCAAAGCCAUGGCCAAUUCCCUCUGGGACAACAUGGACAUCUACAAGGGAUGUGCUGCACAGCUCUUGUUCAUUUUAUUCUUCAUUUCAGCAGAGUUUUAUCUCCUGACUAUCAUGUCCUACGACGGCUACGUGGCCAUCUGCAAACCCCUACACUACAGGACCCUCCUGGGCAGCAGAGCUUGUGUCCACAUGGCAGCAGCUGCCUGGGGCACUGGGUUUCUCAGUGCUCUGUUGCACACAGCCAAUACAUUUUCCCUGCCCCUCUGCCAGGGCAAUGCCCUGGACCAGUUCUUCUGUGAAAUCCCCCAGAUCCUCAAGCUCUCCUGCUCACACUCCUACCUCAGGGAACUUGGGCUUCUUGUAGUCAGUGCCUCUUUAUUAUUUGUCUGUUUUGUUUUCAUAGUGGUGUCCUAUGUGGAGAUCUUCAGGGCUGUGCUGAGUAUCCCCUCUGAACAGGGAUGGCACAAAACCUUUUCCACCUGCCUUCCUCACCUGGCCGUGGUCUCCCUUUUCAUCAGCAUAGCCAUCUUUGCCUACCUGAAGCCCUCCUCCAUUUCCUCCCCAUCCCUGGACCUUGUGGUGGCAGUUCUGCACUCGGUGGUUCCUCCAGCAGUGAACCCCCUCAUCUACAGCAUGAGGAACAAGGAGCUCAAGAAUGCCCUGAAGAAACUGAUGUCUGGUAAUUUUUCAAAAGGAUUAAAAUGA